AUGGCCUCCGUCACGCGCUCCACCAGGCGGGCGACGAACACUGAUGGCCUCGUCCAGCAGCAGCUUCACCCGGUGCCCGUCCCGCGCCCCCAUCCCCAUCCCCUUCACCAUCCCGUCCAGGCUUUCGCCGCUGCCGCCAAUGCGAACACUACGACGCGCGCCGCCAACACCCCCCAAAACAUCAACACCCUCCACCAUCCGAUACCCGGUCGCAACAAGCGCCAGCUCGACUCACCCGACAAUCUCGUCGAUUUCAAUCACCAGAAACCCAAGCGCCCCAGGACGAGCAUCGAGAUCCUCAUUAGGCCUGCUCCAUCGCCCGCGAGACUUGCUGUCACCAACGCCAACGCGACAAGUGCCUCCAACGUCACCUCGACUCCGCAGCACGCAUCCGCGACGACAACGCCUCGCCCGCUCGCCCCCUUACCAAAGAACCCGCCAAAAUCUGCACCACAACACGCCGCGACGGUGCAUCCCCCGAAUCCCACCCCGUUUCCGGCGAACGAUGAUGCUGCCCAGUUGACCAAACAUCAGGAAAAGGUCAUCAACGGUAUUAAACACGAGCUGGAUCGCCUACAGCCCCGCGAUGCCGAUACCCACACAAAGGAGGGGGGCCGCAAACUGCGCUCUCAGGAGGCCACUCGCUUCAAGAGCGAACUGGCCGCCUACUUUCCCGAAUAUGACGAGGUCAUUGGGAAUGAGCCCAAGGAACAGCAACUCUUCACCGUUGAUACCCCGAUAGUCAUUUUUGACUCGAACCCCACACGUCAUCAGCCAGUUUCCUGGCAGCGACAUCUCGGCACCGCCACGGAACCCAAGGCCACAGGCGAUGGCUCAGCAAGCUUGCCAGUUGGAUACAAAGUGCCGGUGCGCGGCUACGGCGAUGCCCUAUUUGACGAACUGGUUGACGCCCAGCGCAUAGACUUUGAUUUUCUGGGCAUAUCCCACAAGAGAGAACCCGUCGAAGACCCCCUACCCGACGCAACUUUUGUGUCGUCCCACAAGAGGGCGGAAAGGCUGGAGAAGUCCAUUCGCAACACAGAAAGAGGCCGGGCCCAGCAUGAAAAGGACCAGAUUGCCCGUCUACUCGACGGCCUCCAAGGCCAUGACUGGCUGCGAGUCAUGGGCGUCAGCGGCGUUACAGAGACGCGGAAGAAGCAGUUCGAGCCAGCGCGGCAGCACUUCAUCAAGGGAUGCCAGGUGAUUCUCGACAAGUUUCGCCAGUGGAGUCUGGAAGAGAAGCGCCGUAAGGCCGAGAGAGACCGCGCCUUAGCUGAGAAAGCCGAGGCGGAGGGUUCGUCCGACAGAGAGCAGUCAUCUGCGGACCCCACAAGCGACGACGAAGAUACCGAAGAAGAUGAGCCUCCUGGCGAUAUCAGUGACGGAGACCCUCCAGGCUCCGACGAUGACGAUGACGAUGACGACCCGGUGACCCAGCAGCUCCGUCAAGAGGCCAAGGCAAGGGCGGGUGCGUCGAAGAAUAGCAGGAAGCGUCCACGCGCCACACCACAAACUCGGCCCCCACCCAAGCCUGAACCGCCAAGGGAAUUCAAGUCAUUCUUCAAGAAGAGAUACGAAAGAGACGCCGCCUUGCAUCGGCACAGGCGCGCCGGCCGCAAGGUGGUGGCGUGGGGACAUCCAAUACCAGAGAUACCCGUGGAGGAUUUCGAUCUUCCCGAAGAGUUCCGCGAUGAGGAGACGCUGCGGGUGCAUGCGAGAAAGAAGCGUCGUGAUCGCCGAGGCCGACAGUGA